UUCAAAAUAUCGGCAAGGUUUCACCUGGUGCCAAAACAUGUGUCUCUAGCCUUUUUCUCUUUAUAUUUUCAAACAACAAAACGCUAAUCCCUCCACCUCUCUCUCUCUCUCUCUCUCUCUCUCUCUCUUUUCUCAACGGUUGCUCCAAGGCGAAGGAAGCCCUCUCCGGUCUCAUCAGUCUUCGCACUCCGGUGGCAGUGGAUGAACUUGCGUUACGGUUGCGGGCAAAGCCCUCCUUUCGUCCUCAUCCAUCGAAGCUUAAAGCUCUUGCACUCGCACGUGGGGUGUGGUCGAUAAAUUUUUUCUCUCUCAUGGAUGGAGACGCAUCCAAUCAUGCUUCAAGCUUUCCAUGGAUUUGGGCCAUUGAAGUUCUUGCGAGCCUUAAGCAAGUGGACGUUUCUGCUUUACAUGAUUUGAUUGAAUUGGCUCCAGACUUAGAUGAUGAUUUAGGGAAAAACAUGAGGGAAAUGUUGGCUUUGAGAUGUUUGGAGUCUUUAUGUGGUCCCACUAAUGAAGUCAAUAAGGGUCAUUCAAAAGUCGGGUUUGAUUUUUCAGAAAGUUGUGAAGAUGUUCUCCAACACAUAAUGCACGAGAAUUCAUUAUCAGAUCUUGAAAUGCUCAAACCGGAGCUCGUAAAAAGGGAUAUUCGCGUAAAAAGGGAUCUUCGCCCCUUUAUUAUUCGUAAAAGAGCUUGUAUGCCUAAACUAGCCUUACAACAGCUGAAAGAUUUAAUUCUCAAAGGUAUUCAUCCAAAUGCUGAUUCCCUGAAGGACAGGAGUGGACUGGAAUUUACAAGUGCAGGUGGUGGAAUUCCUGUGAAUAAUGGCAGUCACAAUGCACUUACACAUGGAGUUGAUGGGAGCUUCCUCAAUGCACAACAAAUGGGAGUAAAAGGGAACUUGAUACCUAGAAUGCUUGAGAAUGAGAAUAAGCUAUUGGAAAAAGAUCCAUGUAAUGGAAAUUUAUUACUUUCCAAGAGGGGAAGGAAUGAAUCAGCUACUGAAAAUAUAGUUAGAGACUUCCAUGAAAACCAAAAUAUUUUAAAUGAUUGUGACAAUCUCCACUUAACUGCCAAAAAGCAGAAGCAAUGUGACUCAUCUGGAAUUCAUUCCAUAGAAGAGAAUCCAGUACCACUACAUCCAACAGAACUAUUAGAAGAUUCUUCUGCAAGAGUUCUGCCAGUUAUUGAAAGACAAGUUUGUGACUUGGCAAAAGAUCAGAUAGGAACUCUGAAAGAAGGCAGGGUUCUAGAGGAUGGUCAAGAUGAGCAUACUGCCUCAGUGAGAUGUGGGCAUAACAGCGAGGAUGAAUUCCAUCAUAAUCAGUCAAAGCCUCCUGAUAGUGCCACGAUGAUGCGCUCUCAAUGCAUGUAUAGUCAUGAUUCCUUAGCAUCAGCUGGUUCUACAGACCAAAAGUUGUGCAUGAGGUGUAAUGAAGGGGGUCAAUUGUUAGUUUGUAACACAAGUAAUUGUCCGGUGAUGGUUCAUGAGAACUGCUUGGGUUUCUCACCCAGAUUUGACAACAAUGGCAACUUUUACUGCCCCUACUGUGCAUAUUCCCUUGCUAUUUCAGAGUACCUUGAAGCUAAGAAAAAGGUGUCCUAUGCAAGGAAAGAACUAGCUAAAUUAUUUCAAAUGGGUUUGAAGCAUCAGCCAAAGGAAGUCAUCGAGAGAUUGCAUAGAGAAUAGCAUUUUCUUCCUGGACAAAGGAAAUGAGGAUCUUGUCAAAAAUGGGCACAUGGAAAGAGAAGGUGGUCGAGCAGAUCAUGUCAGUGAACAUGUAAAUGAAGUCAAUAACCUUCAUUGUCGGAAAAGCAUGGAUGAUAUGUAACAAGCAGAACCUUCUGCAUCUUGUGAUUAAGUCAAUUCACCUCUUAGAGAGGAAGAGGCAAUUGUAACUAUUGGGACACUAACGUUCCGUUUGUUUUGAAGUAAAAUAUUUUCAAAUGUAAAAUAUUUUACAUGUAAAUAUUUUAUUGUAAAAUAUUUUCAUUUUCAAGUGUUUGGAAGUAUUUGAUGUA